AUGCCUGCUCCUCAUCCUUUAAUUGAGUCAUUGCUUGCUCAUACUGGGUUUGCUGAUGUGGCAAAAUUAUGCCACUUCAAAAUUGAUCAUCAUAUAGUGACUGUACUUGUUAAGCGAUGGAGACCAAAGACACACACUUUUCAUCUUCCUGUUAGAGAAUGUACAUUUACACUGGAGGAUGUAGCACUACAGCUUGACAUAAGGGUGGAUGGUAGACCAAUCAAUGGUGCAACCUACUAUGAUUGGGAGGAAAUGUGUGAACAAUAUUUGGGUGUUGUUCCGCUAAAGGGAGAAGCAAUAGUUGACUCUGCCAUUAAGCUUAAGUGGUUGCAAGAUGAUAUGCCGCUGCUUCCCGUGGAACCAACACAACAACAAUUAGAAGUAUAUUGCAGAGGUUACAUUUUGCGGCUAAUUGUGGGGUUUUAA